CGAAUCCUUUCCCAAAGAAAGAAAGUGUUGUCUUCUUUGCUUCUUCAUCGUGCAUCUUCAUCCUAAUUUUUCUCCAAAACUACAGGAACUUUUUGCAUUAUUUCAUCGUGAAAUGAAUUCUACACCGGCUGUAUUGCGAAAAACCCUAUUUGCGUUCCGAAAUUUUCAAGGGCUCAAGAACUAGAUCUAGACCUCUUUUUACGGCUGUCAUGUUUAAGACUAUUCAUCCUUUGUGAAAAAUCACUCCGACGGAAGAGUGUUGGAGGAUCAUGGUUUGUGUAGUAAGACUAUAUACCCUACCCGUAGUAUAUACUGAUGAGAAGACCAAGAAUUCCAUUGAGAUGAUGUUCAUGGACAAACACGGAAGUACUACAUGUGCCACAACACGAAGAAGUUUGAUUUCGUAAUUCAUCUCUUUCGAGUGAAACCCUUGGCGUGCGGCGGCGGCUCCCAAAAGACCAGACAACAGAGCGGGACGGGCAAAGCAAACUGUAGCCAUGGAUCUUGGAACUAUGGGAAAGUUGAUGCUUCUACUUUGCUGUUACUAAAAAUUGAAAGAAGGGAAAGCUCCCCUCUUCAGACCCCACAUUCAAGGAUGGGUUUGGAGCAGAUCAUUGAUGUCACCCCAGCUAGUCAGAUUCGUGGCAUUAUAACCGAAAAGGGAGUGAUCAAGAAAGACUAUGGGAGGAAUGCUUUUGAUAUUGCUGGCUUUGUGCCAUAGUUGUGAAUGGCGCUCGCCAUUCUCGCCAAAGGCGCUUAUGGCUCUGUGGCGGCCUUCUGACGCCAUCCUCUAGCCUGGCGAGGCGUUUUA